CACUCUCCUUUUCCUCUCCAUCAACGAGGAUGAGAAGACGCCGUCCCGAAGCUGUAGGUGGUCACACACCAAACUGAUGAAUUCAUCUUCGCCUCUGCUCGCUGGGUUGAGUGUUUGCAGGUGUCUGCUGGCGAGCCACCACCAACCGAUGGCAAGGGCCACCCGACGGGCGACGCCAAGGCCACAGAGGCCAAGAAGGUGAGCAGAUCUGCCUUCCUCAAACUGACUGUGUGCUCAUGGCUGUGUUUCGUGCUGCUUGUGCAGGUUCCGAAGAGGCGGUCUGGGGGGCUGUGGUACUUGGCGGGGGCUGCAUUCGUCAUCGUGACCGGCCUUGGUGCGGUUGUGGGUGGGUGGUGGCACCUCCUGCCUGUGGCAUGGCUGUAUCACAGCACCACCCCUCCCAGUGACCCUUCACAGGCCCCUCCCUCCCCGCCCACCCUAUCCCCCAUCCCCACCCCGUCCCCCGCUCCUCCCAAAGUGGAGGAGGAGUGGCCUUAUGCCCCGGUGGGUGAACCCGAGCCCCCCGCCACACCAGAUGCGACCCACCAAAAGCCUAACGAGACGGCAGCUAGUCCAGGCAGCAAAGAAAGAGAGCCGACGGCACUUGGUGGGAAGGGUGGAGCCGGCAAGAAGGCGGCGAGCAAGAGGAUAGGUGGGGCUCCAGAGUACGAGGGUGCGUCGAGCGAGCCGUACCUCGACAAGAACGGCAAGCUCAAGAAGCGCGUCAAGGUGGAUGUGCACGAUGAAGCCACGGGACAGUGGCUCGAACAGGAAAUGGUCAGCCACUCACACACUCACUCACCAAUCGAUGGAUGGAUGGAUGGAUGGGUGGACGGGCGUUCCACACAAGUGAGGCGAGAGAGUGGCGUUUUUGGUUUAGUGUGGGUCAGUGAAUGUUUGUGGUGCCUCUGUCGUACGUCUGCCUGUGUGUGUGUGUCAGGAGGUGGACUGGAAGAAGGAGUACGAAGAAGACAAAGACCGGGUGGGGUGCGAUGGGGCGGGCAGGAGACGGGGGGUGCGCACCGCACAUGGAUCGAUCGAUUGAUUGAUAGUGUGCACGCAGGCCAGGCAGGGGGAAAGGAACCCUCAUUCAUCUGAUCUGUUGGCGCGCUCUUUUUGUCAGGACACUCCAGAGCAUCAGUUCUUGAGUGGUUGUGUGGAGGGCAACAUCAAGCUGGUCAAGAAGCUCCUCAAGAAGAACCCCCCUUUCACACACAUCACUGACGAGGUGGCCAGCCAUGCAUCACACACCUAUGCAAUCACAGGCACGCUGCCUGCCCACCUGGGGGUCGUUAGAUGUGUUCUCACUCCAUGCCCUCCGGCCUUUGCUUUGAUCCUGCCUGCCUGCAAUCAGAAUGGCAAGACAGGUCUGUUUCUUGCGUGCGAGAAGGGCCAUUUCGACGUGGUGAAGCUCCUGGCCGACAAUGGGGCCGACCCCACACUCAGAACGGAGGUACGGAGGGAGGGAGGGGAGCCGACCCAAGAUGUUGUUUCUGUAUGAGUUGGUUGGCGUCUGUGUGUCGGUAUGCAUGUACGCUACACUUGUGUACGAUGGAUGGCAUGGAUGGCAGCAUGGCAACACGCCCCUUCAUGCAGCAGGUGGGCCGGACGGACUGCAUCAAAUACAUGGGAAAGGAAGGGGUCAUCUUGGUCGCUUGAUCCAUCCUCAAAUCCAUUCAUAGCUGUGUGUGUGUUAUAUUGUGUGAUUCAUAUAGCGAUGGCGAAUUCCAAGAGGAUAGCCGAGUUGCUGCUGGCUGGUGGUGCGGACCCCAAUGCCAAGUCUUACUACACGGGCUACACUCCACUCCACAAGGCCGUUCUGAGGAAGAACAAGCACCUCGUGCAGCUGCUUAUUCAGCACGGAGCAGACGUCAAUACGGAGGGUGGCGACGGCCUCACGCCCUAUGACAUAGCCGAGAUGGAGCAGGUCGACCACCUCAGGAGACUACUCAAAUCACACGGGUAGGUGGGUAAGCAACUGGACGUGGGUACUCGAGUGGGGCAGGCAGGCAGGCAGGGCACUGACAGCAGAGCAGAGCAGAGCACAGCACAGCACGUGAAAAUUGAGGAUCCACCACGUACACGCAGAACAUGACUUGUCUGUCCGUGUCCGUGUACGAACAUUGCUGCUAUGUAUGUAUGUCGGUGUGUUCCCUCUCUGUCUGUCUGUCUGUCUGUGUACGUCGGCAUAGUGGAAAGCCGUCGGGCAUUGCGCCUCACCCAGACGACCUGGAGCUGAUGAUGGAAGAGGAGCACGACAAGGCACAGGGACAACACACCUGACAGACGCACCAGCACCCACCCACCGACACGCACGGCCACAGGGAGGGAGGGAGGGAGGGAUGCCUUCAGGCAGGCAGACAGUGUGCGAGUGACAUGGGAUGGGUGGGUGGCGCUCGUGCGAUGUCAAUGGUUGA